AUGACCUCCGUCACAAUACCCUCAAGCUCUGGUACCAUACACGGAGGAUACUCCUCAUCCUCAUCGGUGACGGAAGAAAUAUCAAACAGCAAAGCCGAUUUUGACGCCGCACGCAAGGUGAAACGUUCGCUGAGCAUCACGUCCAGCGAGUCCUGCAAGAAGCGUCGCAAGCAGUCAACUCCAAUCCGAAUAUCCACCACCGAAGCUGAGUCAGCAACAAACUCAAUAGAAGGUAAGCCUGCCGUGCCUUCUCCCGAGCCCAAUCUGCGUUGCCCGAUUUGUCAGCUUUGUUUCGACCAUUCUGAGCAGCUCCAAAACCACAUACUAUGCGAGCACCCCCCGCUGGAGUGCAAGAAGGAACCGGAAGAGCACUCCACCACGCCUUCCUCCGUACCGUUUCUGGAGCAUUCCGAAACAUCUUUGGGAAUGACCAUGACCAGGCCCGACAUGCAGUGGAUGAACGAUAUCCCCAGCAAAGAUUGGCUCAGUUCAACCAUACCCAGCCUGUCCUUCAAUCCAGCCAAUCCCAUGUUCAUGGCCCUGCCGCAAUUUGCCCAAUCCGCGGAAAACCUACCCAUGAAGCCCAUUAGAAUAUUCAACCCAGACGCGUACUGCGACCUUUGCAACAAAGAGUUCUGCAACAAGUAUUUCCUUAAGACACACAAAGCUAACAAACACGGUAUCUACACGGAUACCCCCACAUCGGAACAGCUGCAAAUGCAAAACCCAGUGGCAGUAACAUCCCUUGCUGGUAACUCCAAACUCCCUAACUCCGUGCCAACUGUAGAAUCAACUGCGAUGAAAAGCGAACCCAAAACCCCAGUGAACGUAAUCAACCCUUUUAGUAAUAUAUUUUCUAACCCCUUUACCAAACAAAUUGGAGCUAUAUCCGAAGGCGAGACGCACGACAACGUGGCGAAUACGAACGGACUGUCAUCUUCUAGCGAAAGUGAUACGAAAUUUCCCGAUGAUCAGCCUGCCGAAGAAUACCUUAGCCCUAGUAAUACACAAACCGAAUCUACCUCAAUAAAAAACGAUCCAGACGGGAUGUUUCAUGAUACAUCGAACAAACUCUCGCCGGAUCAGCAAAGCCGCGAGCUGGACUUAUCAUUCCGAUUGAGGCGAUUCGGAGUGAUGAAUCCCAAAGCCUUUUGCGAAAUUUGUUGCAAGGAGUAUUGCAACAAGUACUUCCUCAGGACCCACAAACUGAAACGACACGGAAUCUACAUUCCCGACGAAAAAGAGAAAGAUAUUAAAAGCGAAAGCUCGGUGGUUUUCCCUUUGUCUAACAAUGUCCAGACCAGCCCCCUUAACCUCAUCAUGACGGAACAAUCGAGUUCUGACCGCAAAACUACCUCACCCAGUAAUAUUAGUUGUGAUACUUGUGGUAUAAAAUUCCAAAAUGCCAGUUUGGCUCAGUUGCAUAACGUAAGUGUCCACGGACGGAUUUAUUCCAAAGACCAAGAACAAUCAGAAGCCUCGGGGGACGUGAAGAAGAUACCGGACAUGUUUAGAGCGCCAGAAAAAUGCUUAAACGCUGAGGCUAUUAGCGAAGACUUACAGAAACUACAAACCAUGAUCCUACAACUGAACGAUUUAGAUGUUAGUAAAGUCUCCACAAACUGCAGCAUUUGUAACAAGGAGUUCGAAAACAGAUUUUAUUUACACGCACACAUGAUGACGGAACACGGCAUGCUUCUAGAAGAAAGUGACGUGGAGAAGUCUGGGGAGCCCGAGAGCAACACAAACAACAACACGAUGUGCGAUAUUUGCGGCAAGGACGUACAAAACGCCGAUGAAAUGGCGAAACACGUACUGGAAUUUCAUUCUAACAGCGCGGCUGGGGUUGAAAUAACCAAGGACGAUUACAACGGCUACAACGCGGGAGAUAAGACAACAAACAGAUUAUCACUUUCCAGUGGACAUAUCCCAGAAAGACGUAUCUCCAUGAACGUCACCCCGACCAGUAGCUACUGCGAGAUCUGUAAUAAAGAAUUGUGUAACAAAUACUUCAUGAAGACUCACAUGCAAAGGAUGCAUGGCAUUGAGAUUGAGAACGGUGCACAAAUCGGGGGGGUUGUUUGCGACAUAUGCAACAAAGAACUCUGUAGUAAAUAUUUUCUAAGGGUCCACAAACAUAAUACGCACGGCAUCGUAGAGUACGGAUCCAACCUCCUUCCCCCUCGCAAAUCCGACGGCGAACCGCCCCCACCCCAACCCAGCACCGCUCCAACCGAGACCGACCCCGCAUUGAAACCGACAGAUUUAGCAGAUUUGAGUCACAGAUACUUUACGCAUUUUACCGAAGUAUGUUCGAUUUGUAGCAGGAGAUUUAGAAGCACCAAGUGGCUGAAGGCGCACUUGGUGACCGACCAUGGUCAGGCAGGCGCAGAAAAAUGGGCGGAACUGGAACACCAGCUACAACAGAACUUGGGUCACCCUAAGUCUUCUACCGCGAUUAAGAUAGAAGGAACCAGUCCAAGCUUAAAGGUUCCUAACGGUGGACAAGACGCUACACAACAAAAAGUAGGAAUGGGGAUACAGAACGUUAUAUCUAGUCUGCUGGGAAUUGACGACACAAAUUCGAAGAUUUAUCAAUGUUCCUACUGCCCUUUCACCACUCCCCUGUUGCCGCUGCUGUUCGUCCACGAGCGAUCGCAUUCCUUAAACACUGAAGGGUUGCCCGUCAAAUGCCCCGUCUGCCCACAGAGCUUCGUGGAAAGAGAGUUGCUACAGCGCCACCUAUUUUCGCAACACCCGUUUCUAUCAUUACCUUCUAUUUCCAAAGAGGAGGGGUGCGAUGAUGUAGAUAAUGAUGAGCAGGAGCAAGUGAGAAUGAAGGGCAAGAAACAAUCACCAUCACCGAUGAAAAUCAAACAAGUGGAAUUGUCUUCGGAGAUCGGACAAUCACUGAAGGACGUGGCGAAGAGGAUGCAAUGGCCAGCGACGUACGCCAUCCCGCAGGGGGGAAGCCAACCGGAGGACCAAGAGGAGUCGUCGUUCCCCUCGAAGGCUGGGCCCGGGUACGUAAUGCAGGCCUUUCUGCUGGAAGAAUCCACUUCCGAGCGCCGGGUAAUGCCCUCAGUUGUUUUCUUACCGAUGCUACAGAAACAACCCGCCCCUAUCACUGUUACUUUCACACUGACCCCGGCCUAA